AUGAGUUCAUCUGAUUCUCAGGAGCAGCAGGACAAAACAAACAGCAGCAACAACAACGCCAACAGCAGCAGCAACAGCAGCAGCAAUGGCGGCCGAUUGAUUGUACCUGAAGCUGCCUAUACACCUGAAGGGGGAGAGAAACGUAUGUGGCCCUCUCUUACUUUGUCUCUUCUCCCUCACCUCGAUAAUAUAAAUGAAUGCACAAAGAUGGCGGCCUUCGCGCACAACGCAAUUCAGCUGCAGCGGUUUGCUGAGGCCCCCCUGGAGACGGUCAGUGCUGCUGCUGCUGCACUCAAACUGCAGCAGCAGCAGGAGCAGCAGCAAAAAAAACAAAACAAAAACAAGAUACACUCCAACUGGACUAUCACAGACGGAUUGAAAAAUAUUUGCAAUGCUCUGAAGCCACAGCAGCCAACGACCUUGCCGCCAAUCAAAUUGCCGGUGUAUAUCCCCAACAGCCAGGAGGCCGAAGCAGCAGCAGCAGCAGCAGCAGGAGAGCAGUCGACUUUGUGCAGCAGACAGAGCAGCGCCGGGGAUCAGCCCAAGAGAGGCAGCAGCAACAGCAGCAGCAACAGCAACGGCAGCAAGGCUUCUUGUGAAGGUCCAUUUGCUGAGGAUGUGUCUGUACACCUCAAAGGAGGCGGCAAGGGAAACGUCGUCGGCGUCACCGCAGCAAAUAACCUGAUAGUUAAACUCAAGAAUGGGACUCACGUAGAGGCGCACCCUUCGGAGUGCCGUUUCCUGCUGAAUCCCUCGCCGCAGCCGCAGCAACAGCAGCAGCAGCAACAGCCGGACUUUAAGCUAUCCCCGAACCUGCGUGGGGUGGAGACGAUCCCCAGUGUCUCCGAAUUGCUGCAGAAAGCAGCAGCAGAAGCAGGCAGAACCCAUAACACAGUGAUGCUCUCCAGUCUCGCGUCAGUGGCUCGGGUGUCUAGGACGCGGGAAUCUGUGUCUGUUGUUAAAGUGAAAACAAAAAAAGCAGAAGGAGCGAAAAACCAAACAGAAAACAUGCAGGCUAUCUUCCCCUCAGAUAUAGAACGAGAACCCUCAACACCCAACCGGGAAGGAGGCAUCAACAAGCCUGCUGGAGGUGCCUUCUGCUCGCCUGCAAUCUGCAUGCCGCAGCAGCAGCAGCAGAGCAGCAGCAGCAGCAGAAUGGGAUACGGAAAGCCGGAGACAAACACCUACGAACUCAUCAAGGCUCCAGGCAUCGUCAGACCUCUCUACGAUAUCAUCACUCCCGCUCCCCAACAGACGUCUCGCCCGCCGCUGCCGCCUCGUCCGCAGCAGCCUCAGCAGCAGUUUCCUCUGCCGCCGCAGUUACUGCAGCAGCAGCAGGCACUACGCCUACAGCAGCAGCAGCAGCAGCAGCAGCAACAGUAUUAUACGGGGCAGUUGGCUGCUCUUGGGGGCCCCCGCGUAGCAGCAGCAGCAGCAGCAUUGGAGGUGACGAGAGAAAGUUGGUUCGAAGAUCUGCAGCAACAAAUGAAGAGAGAAGAACUGCAGCAAUACGCAGACACUGCACCUCCAGCUUUCUCCUCCUUCGCCUCUUGGUUUGAAGAUCUGCAGCAACAAAUGAAGAGAGAAGAACUGCAGCAAUACGCAGACACUGCACCUCCGGCUUUCUCCUCCUUCGCCUCCGCUCCGGGUGUCUUUGGGGGCGGCAGACUCCAGCCGACUGCCCGCCGCCUCAAGGCCUCAGUACUGCGGGAAGAAGCAGAGACCCAAGCGUAUGCAAUGCCCCGCUAG